AUGGAUCCUUCAAAUCCCGAUUUCUGUUCGUAUAUUCUUCGAGUCCAGAAGGCGUUAGCCCGCUUCCUAGCUGCCCUCAGUGACACAGUAGCUGAAAAGGUGCGUCACCUGGACGCAAUCAGGCAACGACAACCUUGGCGUCUGAUUCCUGUGAAUGUCGAUUUUCAUAACGUUAACGUGUCUGAUGUGCUUGAGCAUCAUUCGGAUCGCCGUGAGGCAUUGCUCCCGGUGCCGGUGGGUAGAAUAAGAGACGAGAUCCUGAGCUACGUUGAACAGGCCGCAGCUGGUAUUGACCACAUGAAGAAGGUAAGCUGGUCAUUCUGA